AUGUUGAACCUCAUAGCUUUCCUCCUCCGCCGCCUCCGCCGUCCAGGAAAGGCCAGAAUCUCCGUCGAACACCACCGCGGCUCCGGGGAAGAGUUUUCAUCGGCAGCGGCCAUCCACCCAAACCCGGAGAAAGCCAUAAGAGUGGCCAGCUUUAACGCAGCAAUGUUCUCCAUGGCUCCGGCCGUGCCAAACAAGAGAGAGUCGCCAGUGCCACUCCGGUCCAAGUCAAGCGUUGACCGUCCAAGGAGCAUACUGAAGCAUGAUUCCAGGAAACAGAGGUUUGCCAAAUCCAGGCUAAGGGUCUCCAUCAAUCUCCCGGACAACGAGAUUAGCCGCCAGCUCAGUUUCCGGGAGGACCCGCAGCAGUCUCCGCUCAGACAAGUCUCCGGCGAGAUGGGUGGUCUCCGGAGCACCAGAACGGUUCUGGAAGUGCUGAGGGAGCUAGACGCAGACGUGCUGGCCCUGCAGGACGUGAAGGCCGACGAGGCUGACCAAAUGCGACCGCUCUCGGAUCUGGCCGCCGCGCUCGGAAUGGAUUACGUCUUCGCCGAGAGCUGGGCGCCCGAGUAUGGCAACGCCGUUCUCUCUAAGUGGCCCAUCAAAAACUCCAAUGUCCACAAGAUCUUCGACCACACUGAUUUCAGGAACGUCCUCAAGGCAACGAUAGAUGUUCCGGGGAGCGGGGAAAUGGAAUUUCAUUGCACGCAUCUGGAUCACUUGGACGAGAAUUGGAGAAUGAAGCAAGUCGAUGCUAUUAUCCAAUCUACCAACGUACCUCACAUACUCGCUGGCGCUCUUAAUUCCCUCGACGAAUCCGAUUAUUCCCCGGAAAGAUGGACCGACAUCGUCAAGUAUUACGAAGAGAUGGGGAAGCCAAUACCAAAAGCGCAAGUGAUGAGCUUCUUAAAGAGCAAAGAAUACAGUGACGCUCAGGAUUUCGCUGGAGAGUGCGAAUCUGUCGUAGUUGUCGCCAAAGGCCAAAGUGUACAAGGGACAUGCAAGUACGGGACACGGGUGGACUACAUAUUAGCUUCCUCGGAUUCCCCGUACCGAUUCGUGCCGGGCUCGUACUCGGUCCUGUCCUCUAAAGGAACAUCGGAUCAUCACAUAGUGAAGGUCGAUGUUGUCAAAGCCAGAUCAAUCAACGUCGACGAGCAGCGACGACCAACAACUCAGAUGCAGCAGAGAGUUACAACGACUAACUCGCCUCUCACAAAGGCCUCGUGGAGGACGCAUUACUACAAAGUCUGA